GCCUCUAACAUCUAAUCCAAAUCCCUAAGAUAACCACCCAAUCCUAUUUGGAAUGAGAUUUCUUAAUUCUUCUCACCUUUACCCCAUUUUAAGUCUAAAUUCAUACCUUCUAUGCAUUAGGACUCCCACCUUGAACCAAUUUCGGACUCUUUGGAGUUGAUGACUUACGGUUUGUACAUCCUUAUCCAAAUCCUUCGAUUGGCCGAGCUUAUCUUCAAAAAAUAUCCCUUUGGCAUCGUGUUGGAGCUUAUGAGAAGGGAGGUUGAUGCUUGUCAUUAAUCGUGCACCAGUGGAUACUAUCGAGAUUUCUUUGGAGAAGCCAUAUGUCCAUGUCUUCCUCACCUCUAUCAUUCUAUCAAAGGUUUGGAGUAAAACCUUGAAUCCUAGAGCUCGUCUUUCUUGGAUGAACUGGAUCUCACAAAGAGAUUCUUCAAAGUCUUGGGAAAUUUGAUUUUCAUCUACUUCAACCUUGAUUUUCUUGGAUUGAAUUCCAAUUUGAAUUAUACGAUGACUGGGGAAAUAUUGGGAUUUUUCCCAUUCUAGUGCUGUGGAGUGGAUUUUGGCAAAUACUACUCCUUGAGCUUUGGUGCCAGUCUUGAAGUCUUUCACUCCUUGGCGCAUAACUUUUGGGAGUCCUAAAACUUCUUCAUUAUUCUUUGAGAGAUAAAUACAGUUUACAAAACCGUAAUUGAAUAAUUCUUUUAUUGCUUU